ACCGAAUAUAGAUAUAUUAUUGAAAAUGGAUUUGUUAUUUACUUUCUGACUUGGAAUUUCAUUUGCUUGAGAAUCUGCAAAUACUAACCACUUGAGUUAAAUAUACAUUGUAUGAUUGUAUAUAACUUUUAAACUAAUAUUUCUUUACUCAUCAUACUUUUGUAUUCAUGCAUUUCUCAAUAGUAACCGAUGUUGAUUCGGUUAAUGAGCCGACUAACUCUAGUUACCAUACUAGAGCAAAACUGUCAAGUUACAGAUACAAUCAUAAGACAACCUUGGCAACUCUGCAAUUUGUAUCUAGAUAUUCUGUGCACCCGAAAUUUAGUUCACUAUUGUGUAUAUUAGUGAUUUUUCGCUCCUGCCGUUUUUCAGUACGCCAUUCAAAAAUAAGAAAAAUUUCAUAAAUACAGACUACUCAAUCAAUUUUUUUGGUGUUAAUUUAUGCAAAUAACAUAUCCACACGACAACCUUUCUUGGCACUUGUAACAAACAUAGAGGAAAUGUGAAGAGAUUCACAAUUGGAAAAGUGCAACACUGAGAUCUCCAAAUGUGUUUUCAAUUAACUUCAACAUGGAAACCAAUUGUCCUGCUUAUGAAGCGCCUGGAUUAAAUCAAAUAAUGGGUAUUAAAUAGUAAAUAUACAGAUAUGUUUUCAAUUUAUGGCGUACAAAACAAUCGAUAGGCAGUAUGCAAGUGCAGAUGUGGCUUAGUUUAAAUGUACAACGUAGAAAGCAACACAAAAAAUAUAUACCUAAACAGAAAUAGAAAAUGCGAAAAUAGAAAUAAAAUCUGAACGAAAAAGAAGUUGUAAACUGUAUGGAGCAAUAACGUGCCUAUUUCCUCUCACCCUUAUGUAAAAAUAGAAAUAAAUAAUAAUAGAUUAGGUAUAUGCAUAUGAACGCAUAUGUGAUAGGUAAUUGUGAUUGGUGAAAGUCCUUCCGGUACACUGCACAAGAUGAUGUGUGCUAGUCAUUAGCUUUUAUGGCUCCACUACGGUUCCACUUUGAAGCUAUAAGUUCUGACCUCUUUGAUAUUCGAACAACUAUAGUGGCAAAGAUAUUAGGAAUCGUCGCUAAUAAAUAGAAAAGCCUAACAACAUAUUUUAUUACACUGUAAUAAUAAUAUGGAAAAUUUUAAAAACAACAAUCGACCAACAACAACGUUGCAACAACAACAUCAACAUGGAGCUUCUGUUUCUGCUGUAAAAAUGAGUAGUAAUAGUAAAUGCGUGACACCAGUUCCUUCAGAGCAGCCACGUGGAUCCUUUUUUGAAUACACACCACCUAUAGCCGAUGUGCCAACGGACUAUGAUGAUAUUAGUAGCAACAAGAGCACGCCCUAUUACACGCCAUUAGAAUUUAUCCAUGGUACCUUUGAGUUUCCUUCGCCCACAAAAUUGGAACACAUGGAAGAUAUUGUGGAGUUGCAUUGUUCAUCGCCACCUGCGUCCGAACAAACGGAAAUUGUUUUACAAAGAAAAACUCCCACGCCAACUCACGCCGCUACGUCACGUUCAUUGGCAGGAGCUAGGCAACAGUUAUCCAACAGUACCUCGCCGGUGGUGUCGCGAAAAUUAAGACGAUUUUCUCUAUACGAAAGAAGAUCGUGUUCGCCGCAACAGCUUUUAAUAAAAAAUGCGGUGUCAGCUUCUAUGGAUAGCAGUACAGAAUGUGUGGCCGCCAUGGCAGAUAAAGAGAAUGCUAAACCUUUAUAUAGAUCAGGAAUGGCUAUGACGGAAAGGAGAGAUCCGCAUCUACGUUCAAAUAGUGGCAAUAGUUCUCCAAUUGCCCUAUUGGAGUCUGAUGCAGUUUCACCAAAGAUACACGAUAUUAGUACGGCUGGCGGUAGCAGCAGUAGCACUCGGCUGCCUUGUUCCCCCAAAUUGUUGGCAUCGUUAAAUAAUCUGAAUUUAACUGGUUCUCCACUUGGCUUAAUUAGUUCUGCGGGAUAUAAAAAUGGCAACUACUUUAAAUUUCCAGAGAUUGAUCAAGUGGUACAUGAGCAAUCUUCUGAUCUACCAACUGAGGAUACCUCCGCUUGUGUAUGUGACAAUCAACAAACUCGAAGCAGCAGACAACGGAGCAAUGGAACCAGUAAAGAACGCCAAAAAUCAGUUUCCUCUAAUAGUAAUUUAAAUACAUGUUUAAAUAGCAUUGGUCAAGAGCAAGCGCGAAACGAUACAUCGACAACUUCAACGUCCACAAAGCCAAGUGCAAUAUCUUCAACUGCAGCUGAUGGUAAGAAAAAUCGGAAAAAUAAGAAUAAUUUGACUAUAAAAAUUACUGAUGUGCCCUGUACUAUAAUGGGACCAAGUGGGACCGUACCGACCUCUCCUUCUCCUUCGUCAAAGCCAAAAACACCAACUAUCAAAAAUACCAAAGAGAAAGCACUGUCACUUGACUCAGCAGCAAAGGAAACAGAACUAACAAUUAUAGUUUCAUCUGGUGGGCGAAACAGUUCUCAUGCUAGUUGUGAUGAGAUUGAUGCUCAAACGCUCCCCCGUGGCUAUCUUCCGCUGCAACAAUUUAUGCCACGUAGCGUGAGUGGCGCGCGUUUUGAGCGUAUUACUGGUGAUCGCUCUUUGCGAAUUCCAUCGGCGGCCGCAAGCAAUCGUUCCACCUCACUGUCACAAUUGGCACUGCUUGGCGAUGGUAUAAUUGCUACACAUGGCCAUCGUCAAACUCAAUCCCUAUGUCCAAGUAGUACUACGUCUUCAUUAAAAACACCACUGAGCGGUAGUAGUUUUCCUCGGACACCGCGUCGUCGUUUACCCGGCGGUGGUAGCAUGAGCAGCAAUACGUCUACUGAAUGGUUGGCGGCCUAUCAUCGCAAUCGAAACUCUGCCGACGUUUAUGCUACUGUUGCAGGAGAAUCUGAGUUAACUGAACACUCGCAAGUCGAUGUCGACACGGUGGUCGUUCUACAGGAAGAGACCGACAAUGGAGGAAGGACAGGUAAUAACAACACAUUGCUGUCAGCACCAACGCUGUCUCUCACACCACAUCGCGGUAUCCAUAAGCAUAACGCCAUGUUACACGCAUCAAAUACGAAUUUAAAAACUCUUCCUGAAUUCCUAACAUUAGUCGAAUUUUCCACAACGACGAAUGCAUCUAGUACACAUCAACCGCAUAAACAAAAGUCUAUGGAGUUGCCCAGCAGUACGAUGCGCGCUAAACCGAUUUCAUCAGCUUCUUCCACUAAUUUGCUACAGCGUCGUGGUUCCAAUCAUAGCCUAACACUGAAUCUGCACGGUUCGUGCAGUAAUUUACUUGGUAAUUGUCGCAGCGGCUUAAGUGUAUCUAACUAUAGUCUUGGUCCCGCCGUUAGUAAUUCCACAACAAACUUAAAUUCGAAAUCAAGUUGCAAUAUAGAUUUAAGUGGUGCGCCCAUUAUUACACAGCCACAUGCUCACGCUACACCGACACAAGGUGCCAAACAGAGCCUCUUCCGACGACGCGGCUCCAAUCAAAGUCUUACGCUAACAAGUCUAACAGCAGCCUCAUGCGGAAAUCUCAACACAUACGCCAGCCAACAUUCGCUGAAUAAGGUUACACGCACUUCUUCAUUUAUCACACAAACUCAGAACACCACGAGUAAUGCUACGACAAAGCGUGGGCUUUUGGAAAGACGCGGCUCCAAUCAGAGCCUCACAUUGAACAUGGGUAGUUCAUUUGGCGGAAUUGGCACCGAAAGACAAGUGCACGCUAGCAGUAGUCUCUUUUUGGGUGACGCAUGUGCCGAGGAAUGCGAUAUGAGUGCAUUACAAUCGAAGCCAUCCUGCUGUGCACCGCCCACACCGCAUAGGAGAUUUUUCAGUAGCGAAAGUCUGAAUCGCGGUUCCACACCCUUUGCAGAUUUGAAUCAAGCUCACCGACGAAACGCUAAGCAAGUGUGUUUUGGUUCAGUAUCAGAUCUUAAGCCAAGCGCCAGUAUGUCUUUGGACUGUGGCGUUAACGGUGGCGUUGGCGCUGGCACUGGCAGCCAACAACAAUUGGGCGAGUUGCGGCGUGAUAGCUUCAAUUUUCAGGAUAGCACUGUGUGUUCAUGCACUGGUGUACGAAACAUUAUGACGCGUCCGUUGUCUCCGCAGAGUACUAGUGAAGAGUUCAAAAUCUACUUAGCCAAUAUACAGAUGCUACAGAAUGCUUCCAAUGCACUUAAUCAGCUUGAUUUAAUUAAACUGAAUUACAUUUUCGACAACAGCUAUGCGUCCCAUAACAAAGGCUUAGCGGAACAAGCGGUGCCAAUGUUAAGUGUGCGCGCCAAUAAAGAGGCUGAAACACCACCGGGCAUACGAGUAGCUACUUCUGAAGACUGCGAAGUGGUUGAGCGUUAUUUGGCAGCUGUAGAGUCGGUGCUCACAACGAUACGACCAGACGAUGAUGAGCAAAAGCGAAUCUUCUGCGAUUUGCAUAAGGAGUUUUGGGAUCUUCCGUUGAAUCACCAAGAGAAACCGAUGGUAUUUGGCUCGCAGGCUAAGAAUCGCUACAAAACAAUUUUACCAAAUGAAAACUCGCGCGUGUUGCUGGAGAAAGAAGGGAAACAGCUGGCUGAAUUGGUCGAAGAUAUUCGAGAAGAACAUGCAGACCUAGCCGAACACAUAUCACGGCAACUACACAUAUCCGACGAAGUUCCCUAUAUCAAUGCAAAUUACAUAAAGGGUCCGGACUACACAUCAAAGUGUUAUGUGGCCACGCAGGGGCCCUUGCCGAACACGAUAUUCGAAUUCUGGCUAAUGGUAUACCAGAAUACUCGUCGAUAUUUUCAAACCACCGAUAAUAAAGCGGGAACAAUACAAUAUUAUCAAAAAGUCAUAAUGCUCACGAAUUUCGCCGAAAAUAAUCGACAAAAAUGUGCCGUCUAUUUUCCCAUCGAUCUAAACGAAAUAUUCGUAACGACCAGUUGGCAAGAGUUCGUUGCACCCACUGCAGCGGCGGCGGAUUUUUUUAACGCAUAUUUGUUGCCAAACGAAAGUACUCCACCUCCGCUAAACUUGGCUGAUGGCGGUACAGAGCCUGAAUCACACAUUGGCAUCGAAUACUAUCAGGCCGAAGUUAGCGAGGAACUGCAACCAUUUCUACCAUCGAUGCGUGGCAAUUACUUCGUUAUCAAAAACAUUGGAAUCGUACGUAAGAACGGUUUCUCGAUACGUAAACUGGUCAUUUUGUAUUGCAUCAAUGUCGGCGCUAAUACUGAGGAGUCCAGUGCUGGCAAUCGCAAUACCAAAUUGCUAAUCAAUCGUUUGUACUGUUAUCAUUAUUGGUAUCCCGAUUGGCCUGACCACCGCUCACCACGCGACAUCAAUACAUUGCUCGACAUUUGUUUACACAUACUUAAUCUUGGCAAAUGCGAGUCGGAAUUUGAUUCCUUCGAAAUAGACGAUGACGACAAUGACGUUAUUUCGGUGCUACAACCGCAGUCAAUGCAUGUUUCGCAUAUUGCAGCACAAUCGGUAGAUUUGUAUCAACAGGAUAUAUUUAAUGCCAUGCAGCCACUGCCAGUCAUACAUUGCUCUGCAGGCAUCGGACGCACUGGAUGCCUAACAGCCAUACUAAAUGCUGUUCGUCAGCUACGACAAUCAUUCGCCUAUUCACUAACUACAAUGGCCGCAGAGGCAAGCAAAAGACAGGAGAGCAGCGCUGGCGCUGGCGGCGAAUUAGACGCACAAACACUCCUCAGCCCUGUUGAUUUUGAAUUGCCUGUCCGGUUCGUGACAGAAGCGCAGCGCGCUAUUAUAACGCCGAACGUAAUCGACACUGAGAGCAGUUUCACACGCAACACGCUCUACUACAUUAAUUACAUACUGAGACGAAGACAGCAGCAACAAAGUGACGACGCUGAGCAUAAGGAUAACCACGAAAUUGAGGGAUUAACAGCUGAAGCGGAGUCGUUACCUUGGUCGUUGCCAGCUAUAAAUGAUUUACCAAAAAUUCCCGAUAUUUUUGUCGAUGUGCUGGGUAUUGUCUGCAAUCUGCGUCUUCAACGCGGUGGAAUGGUACAAAAUUCGGAGCAGUAUGAAUUAAUACAUCGAGCUAUUUGUCUAUAUUUGAAGCGUACAUUUGCGUUGAAGCGUUUCUAAGCUCAAAAACGUAAGAUAAUUAAAAAUAAUAAUAUUUAGCAAUAUAUUUGCAGCAUAUUAGCAAGUAGCACUCCAAUGCUAAGUUUACGUAAUAAGUAACUAGCGCAAAUGCGUAUCGAAUAGCAAGCUAAAGAUGUUGGCCGUUAGCAAAUGCAUUUGUAUGUAACAUAAUUAUAAUUAUUAGUUUUGAUAACCGAGCAACUCUGUUGAAGACGGAGUAUUAUAGCUUUUCAAUUUGCAUUACUAUUUAUUAUUAUUUUUCUUUAAGACUACAUAUAAGCGCAUUAAUUUAAAUACGUUUUUACUUCGCUGAUUUAAUCAAAUGAAUUAUUUCAAAGCCAGUUAGCUUUAUAUUGUCAGUGUGCAAGUUGAGAAGCGAAAAACCGGAAAAAGCAAUCUCAAUAAAUCGAAAAUCAUUUUUGGAUCGACUUAUAAACACUUUUCUGAAUCGGGAAGGAUUCAAUCUUGAAAUAUUAUGUUUUUUAUAUUAUGCCCAAAUUCGGUUACGCAUUCAUUUAAAUAAACAGUACAUAGGUAUUUACCUUAAAAUGCAAUUAAGCAUACUUGAACAGCUGUGUCCAAACACCAAAAACAGAUUUGAAAAAAAGAAAAAAAAAUGUAAAAACCGUUUAUAUAAUAAUAAUAUUAGAAAUUGCGCGUAAUUUAAGUAUAUUUUAAAAAUCGAUUUUUUCAACAAACGCAUUUUAGAAUCAGAAUAAUUCUACGGCAUUGAUUCGACAAAAUUUUGUUUGCUUUUACGCAAAUGUACGUGAAUAUGAGCCACGACCCUGGUGGCGCAUAAGAAUGCCUAAAAAAAACUUAGCGUAAUAAGCCAUCACAACAACAACAAAAAAUUUAACACAAAAAUUUCAAAUAUUAUUAAAUGUAAUUGUUGCUAGUAUAAAUGUAUGUAUGUAUGAAUUGUACGCAUAUUAGAUAAAUGAAACUCGAAAUUAGUGAAUAAUAUUUUUUGCAACUUUCAAUUUGCAUAUGUAUGUAUAUAUGUAUUUGUGUAUGUGUAUGUUGUAAAAUAUAGGUUUUUGUACGCGUUUGGUUUAUACGCUUUAAAAUAUAAAUGCAAUCCAAUUCGAUUCGAUUAAAUUCGAAACACGGUGACUCCAAAAAUAAUUUUUAAUGAAUUACUGCAAUUAAAUUCUAAUUAAAAUCACAUGUAGUAAAUCAAUCAAAGCCAAAUACAGAAUGAUACACAUUAAAUUUAAAUUUUAAAAAGUAUAUAUGUAUAAUUAUUUAAAAUAUAUGGCAUUAAAAUAAAAAUGUAGUAGUAAGUUAUAUACCAUACAUUUUUUUAAAUUCAUAAUUACUUUUCACAUGACGAUUUUUAAACGUCCGUUACAAUAAGUUGUACACAUCGGCAGCAAAAUUUCGAGUUUAUUUGUCUCAUCGGUAAUUUUCCCUAAACAAUAAAUUAAGUUUCGAUAAUUUAUAUUUUAUAAGCAAACAGAAUUUUUUUAAAUAGUCUCUAAGCGAAUGGACUAGUCAAAUAACUGAAUAAAUAUUUAAUUAGAAAAUAUAUGUACAUGAUCGUUUAAAAGUACAAUGUA